AUGCAAGCACGAGGAAAAGGAGGAUUGGACUUUGCAGCACUAAGCGCAUUGCAAAAAUCGGAACCUACAGGAUUUGCGAUCGAAGCAAGGGUAUAUGCCGAAGUUCCCUCUCGUAAUUUCGCACCUUCACCUGGUUUGCUUCAGCAUGUUGAGUGGUAUCAAGCCGAAGGUGUCAGAGUCGACACUUGGAUACAGUCUGGCACCAAUAUCUCGCCCUUCUAUGACCCGAUGAUAGCCAAAGUCAUUGUAUGGGACCGAAACUCCCAUGACCAAGCCACGGAAAAGAUGUUGGCGACUCUGACUCAGUCCAAAGUCCAAGGCUGUCCCACCAAUUUUCAGUAUUUGGCGUCUAUUGUCGGCUCGGAAGCUUUCAAGAUUGGUGAUACCACUACAGCUUUCCUCACCAGCGAUCACUUCAAAUUCUCCCCCAUGACUGUUGAUGUGAUCUCUGGUGGGGCGUACACUACAGUGCAAGAUCUACCGGCCAGAAGGGGUGUAGGUAAUGGUGUACCCGAAAGUGGACCUAUGGAUCCUGUUUCUUACCGGUUGGGAAACAUCAUUGUGGGUAAUGAUGAGAAUGUCGAAGCUUUAGAGGUCACCCUCGUUGGACCUGAAUUGCUGUUCCACGCACCUGCCGUCGUUGCGGUUACUGGUGGUGUAGUAGAUGUCACUAUCGAUGGUGAAAAGGUUGAUAUGUAUUCUCGUCUUCUGGUACCUGCUGGAAAGAAACUAAAACUGGGAAUGGUAUCAUCUGGAUGUCGAAGUUAUAUCGCAAUCAGAGGAGGUUUCCCUGCUGUACCCUCUUAUCUUGGAUCCAAAUCCACUACGACGACACUCAAGCUAGGUGGUGUUCAGGGCAGGCAUUUACUUCCUAAUGAUAGUCUGGAUUUAGACCCAAGAACCGAACAGUGGAGUCAAGAAUAUCAACCAAUAAAUAUUCCCAAAAGUUCCCGACUUGACAAUUUGUGGAAAAAUAAAUGGGAGCUCUACGUUAUGCCAGGUCCCCAUGAUGAGCCUGAAUUCACAACGGAAGAAGACGGUGGUGAAGGAGGGAGUCACCCUGCCAACGUCAUCGACGAACCAUAUUCGUAUGGAGGUCUGAACUGGAAUGGAGAUGACCCAGUGGUACUUCCCGUUGAUGCUCCCAUGGCUGGUGGUCUUGCUACUACUACCACCAUCGUCCGAGCAGAUUUCUGGCGACUUGGGCAAUGUCGGCCCGGUGAUUCCAUCAAAUUCAAGAGAAUUUCAUGGGAUUCAGCGACUACACUCAGACGUCGAACCGAAGACUACAUUUCGCAAGUCCAAGCUUUCGUUAAAAACGGUAAAUCUUCUGCAGAGAUUGUUCCUAUCAACGUCGACCUAUCAGAGGACUGGGAUGAGACCAUCUUGCAUCAAAUCCCAGCACACGACACGAAAAAGACGGUAGAGAUCAAGUACAGGCAGGCGGGAGACUGCCAUAUCCAUGUGACUUAUGGGCCUAUGACCGCCAGCGCUCUUACCAGAGCUCAUAUUCAGCAUCGAUUGAAUGGACUGAACUCGGGAGACGUCAAAGGUGUAGUGGCGGUGAUUGGUUGUGCUCGUUCAUACUGUGUUCAAUUCGAUUCCCUCCGAACAACUCAAAAGGACAUGCUCCGAAGGCUCAUUGACCUGGAAGAAAGCCUUGGAUCAUCACCUCAACCGUUACCCAGCCGUAUCUUCAAAUUCCCCAUAUUGUUAGACGAUCCCCUAUCCAAGAAAGCCGUAACUGAUUACAUGGAGACUGUUCGAGACUCGGCAGUUUAUCUACCAGAUAAUAUGGAUUACAUCGCCAAGGCAAAUGGCGUUUCAGAUCGAGACACUGCAGCGAAGUCAAUCGUAGCUUGUCCGCAAUUAGUAGUAGAAGUGAGCUUCUUGGCUGGAACUCCCUUGAUGUUGCCUUUGGACCCUCGGCUGGUAUAUGUCGCCCAAAAAUACAACCCAGUUAGGGCUUUCACGGCUGAGGGUACCGUGGGUCUUGGUGGACCUUUGGUCGUCAUCUAUCCACUUGAAUCACCUGGAGGUUAUCAGCUUUGGGGUCGGACAUUAUCCACUUGGGAUCCCCACGCCGCCAAACCUCAAUUCGAGCACCCUUGGUUGCUGCGAGAAUUCGACCAAAUUCAGUUUUAUGAAGUUUCACAGGAAGAGUUCGAUGAAUGCUUCGAAGCAUUCAAGACCGGGAGAAUGACUUUUGAAAUCGAAGAGACCACCUUUGAUCCUGUAGCGUAUGGUAGAUUCUUAGAUUCCAUCUCUGCUGAGACUGAAGAGUUUGUGAAGAAGCGAAAUUUGGCUAGUGAAGCUGCGACAGAGGAAGAAAAUAGGCUGGUUCAUGCAUGGCGAGAGAAGCAAGCGCAAGUAGCCGCUGAAAACGGAGAUGACGGUGAUUCCGAAGGUGAAGCGAUAAAUGUCAUCGCACCCAUGACAUCCAGCGUCUGGAAAGUCCUCGUGAACGUGGGUGAUAACGUCAAAGAUGGUCAAGUAUUAGCAAUCCUGGAAGCGAUGAAGAUGGAGAUCGCUGUACGCGCGGACGCUAGUAUGGACGGGAAGGCUGUGAAGAAGCUUGUUUCACCGCCUGGAACAAUUCUGGACCCAGGUCAAGUGGUGAUGACCCUCACUGCUUGA